AUGGGGAAUGUAUGUGUUCAUAUGGUCAACAAUUGUGUGGAUUCGAAAUCGAAUUCAUGGGUUCGUCCCACAGAUCUCAUCAUGGAUCAUCCAUUGAAGCCGCAGCUUGCAGACAAGCCUCCUCAGCAAAUGUUGAUGCUCAAAGAUGAUGAUAAACCCAAGCUUGACACUCACGGAGACCCUAAAUUACCUGAGGAGAAGGCAAAAGCUGAGGCACAGAAGCAAACGAGUGAAAAAGAAGGAAUCAAGAGUGAAAUGAGGAAGUGCAGUGAAGAAGAAGAGAAGAGGAAGCGAGCGAUCGCGUGUGGGAACAGCAAAAGAAAAGCUCACAACGUGAGGAGACUGAUGAGCGCAGGGUUACAGGCAGAGUCAGUGUUGAAGACGAAGACAGGGCAUUUGAAGGAAUAUUAUAACUUGGGAAGCAAGUUAGGUCACGGGCAGUUUGGGACGACGUUUGUGUGCACAGAGAAAGGAACAGGGGUGGAAUACGCGUGCAAGUCUAUCCCGAAGAGGAAGCUAGAGAACGAAGAAGACGUGGAAGAUGUGAGAAGAGAGAUUGAGAUAAUGAAACAUCUGUUGGGACAACCAAAUGUGAUUUCGAUCAAAGGAGCUUAUGAGGAUGCAGUGGCUGUUCACAUGGUGAUGGAGCUGUGCAGAGGAGGUGAGCUAUUCGAUAGGAUAGUGGAGAGAGGGCAUUACUCUGAGAGAAAAGCUGCUAAUUUGGCUAAGGUCAUACUUGGUGUGGUCCAGACUUGUCAUUCUUUAGGUGUGAUGCAUAGAGAUCUUAAACCUGAGAACUUUCUCUUCGUCAAUGAUGACGAGGAUUCGCCUCUUAAAGCUAUUGAUUUCGGGUUAUCUAUGUUUCUCAAGCCUGGAGAAAACUUUACUGAUGUCGUUGGAAGUCCGUAUUACAUUGCGCCUGAAGUUCUGAACAAGGAUUACGGUCCAGAAGCAGAUAUUUGGAGCGCUGGUGUGAUGAUUUACGUGCUACUCUCUGGUUCAGCUCCGUUUUGGGGAGAAACGGAAGAAGAAAUCUUCAAUGAGGUUCUUGAGGGUGAGCUUGAUUUGUCAUCAGAUCCUUGGCCACAUGUCUCUGAAAGCGCAAAAGAUUUAAUCAGGAAGAUGCUUGAAAGAAAUCCCAACAAAAGACUGACUGCUCAACAAGUAUUGUGCCAUCCAUGGAUUAGGGAUGAAGGAAAUGCACCAGAUACACCGCUUGACACAACAGUGUUGAGUCGCUUGAAGAGGUUUUCAGCAACAGACAAGCUUAAGAAAAUGGCUUUAAGGGUGAUUGCAGAAAGGCUUUCUGAUGAAGAGAUUCACGGGCUUAGAGAAACCAUCAAGAUUAUAGACAGUGAGAAGAGCGGGAGAGUAACUUAUAAAGAACUCAAAAGCGUUCUUGAAAAAUUCAACGCAAAUCUUGACAACUCUGAUAUCAAUGGUCUUAUGCAAACGCCAACAGAAGUGCAUUCGGAAGACACAGUAGACUAUGAGGAAUUCAUAGGCGCGAUUAUAAAACUGAAACAACUACAAGACGAGGAAGCAAAUGAUAGUUUAGACUCAUCAGCAAAAGUGUAAUGAAGUUGGCGUAUAUGAUGUUGUUGUCUGAAGUGUAAUGAGUACUCAGAAGUCUGAACUGAUGAUGAAGAAUAUUAUAUGAUGCAACAAAAGGGCUGUAACAAAAUGAAAUAGGAGAGGCAGAACAAGGAGAAGAGGGACACAAAGAGGC